GUUGAAGCGCAACUUUUGAAACGGAAACUCAAGUGGCAUGAAAAAAAUCAGCAAGAUCCCUCGCCGCUGUGUGUGUGACGAAAAAACACAAAAGUAUUGUAACACCAGCCGUAGGAACAGGGAUAUUGACAAAGUUCCUCCGUAUCUUGUGACCAGUCCAAGAAGAGCAAUAACUAUCAGUAAUAUAAAAAAUAAUAGUAACUGACAGGUCCAUAAGCUGUAGCACAGGACAUCGAACGAAUACUAAAUAGGCAAGGACACAAACGGCUUUUGCAGUAAACAAGGAUAACAGCAACCGACUAGAAAGUGCAUAUCCCAUUGUAUAAUAUUUGCCAUCAAUACAUUAGGACAACAAAAUGUUUACGAGGACAACAACAAUGAGAUGUCUAAAAAACAGCACAACAGCAGUGAAAAUGAAAAACGAGAUCAAAGCCAACGAUUGGUCAUCAUCUCUGGAACAAACGCAACGACGACAAGCGCAACCCUGCACAAGUUAUCAGUUCAGAGUUCAAACGAAAUGUCAAAAACGAAGAAUCAAAAUUUCCAUUCCCCGGAAAAUGAAGCAGAAGAUCAAACACAAAAAGAAAACGAAUUAAAGGGAAAGUUAAACACAACAUCAAAUAUUUUCCUCCAUCAACUUAGAGUAUGGUUAAAUUUGGGAACCUAUUUCAUUCUGCUGCAGCAUGCUCAUCUUCGACGUCAAUAUGAAUGUAUUAUAAAAAAUCCAUUGAAUCUAUUAAAUCAAAUAAAAGUAAAACUUAUAAAUAGUCUGGCCAUACUGUACUGUAGGUGGUUGACUGUUGUCAGUGUUGCCAACGUUAUACAAAUAAUAAAUAUUGCCAAGUUAUUUAUAACAUUUUUGCCAAAUCUCCAAAAUAAAUUAAGUUUAAGUGUAAUACCGAUACGAGUAGCAAGGAUAUUAGGAAUUUGCCCCAUAAGACUGAUAAAACUAACAACAUUACAACAACAACAACAAGAAAAACAAAUUCCUAAAACAGAAAAUAAGGAACCACUCAAAACAAAAGAAAAUAAAAAUCUACAUGGAACAGCGUUGGUGCUAAGAGAAAACACACGGCGUUCAAAUACCAAAGACAUAAAAUUAAAAUAUUUGAAAAAACUAACUGAAAAUGGUUUAAUGAGCAAAACACAACAAUUGGAUAUAUUCAAAAUUCGAAGUACUAAAGAUGCUUUAUUCUCGCAAAGAUUUCCCAAGUCAUUAAUUGAGUUGGAAACUCUAAAUUUAAAAUUUUACACAAUAUUCAGGAUAACGCGAGUAACCGGAAUUGCAACCCAAAAUAUUGGGUACACCUCCCCGAAAAUUGUGAAUGCACUUGGAACGAAAAUCGAUAGCGAAAGAAAAGCCUUCGAAUUCGAGUUCUCAACGAAAUUCAUUAAACUAAAAAAGUUUAACAUGAAUGGACAUAGCUCGGUGCCUCUAACCCAUAAUCGAGUUAUGCUGAGAAGGCGAAAACUUGCCAAGGCAAUGCUAUUUAGUGCAGCAAGUAUAAUUAGAGCAAAGGUAUGUGUGCUCUCCACCACCAAUUUAGAACACAGAGAACUCUUCAUGUUCCAGUGGCAACAUCGGCGGCAUGCACCAGCCAAAUUGGCAGUAGGGACUUUCUUGGCUGAACAACAUACUUCUAGUAAUGAAAAAACUUUUCCAAGUCUAGCUGUUAAACGAAUUCGCUUGAAAACAUUGGCAAGUUCUAAGGACUCUAUUUUAACACAUAAAAUAAACCAAGAAAAUAAAACGGAAGACCAAGCCAAAUACAAACAAUUCCGCGCGACAGGAGCAGCAACAGCACCAACAAUAACAAUAACAACAACAACACAAGCACAUGAAGUUAUUCAGCCAGCAAGCCAACAUUAUGAUAAUAAUAAAUAUUAUCUUGUUUGUAAGCAACUGCUAAAUGAACAUCCCAAUGCAGGACGUAAAUACGGGCAGAAACAGGCGACGACGCCGUCGUCCACUUUACACCACCAAAAGGAAUCGAAGUGCCAGUACGUCCUGUCUCCUCCUUGUUCUUGGCAGCUACACGGAUAUCCGUUAGUGUUACAAAAAAGAAAUUUCAAAUAUCUUACAAAGCUAACGGAGCAUACAAAGACUACAGUUUACGGCAGCAAGAGCAAUGACAACAACAAAACUGACAGCAGUAGCGGCAGCUAUGAGAAAAGCAACACAAAUUCCACCGUACUUCCACAUUUAAAUGAUAAUGGUUGUGAUAAUGAAGGUCUACAGCAAGAUGGGUGUAAUGUAUUACCCCAAAGAAUUUCUCAAGUUUCCAAAAGUGACACAGCAGCAACAACAACAAAAACAAUAAAUUCGGCGGCAUUUUACAACACACAUUCUAAGACCAACAAAUCCAUGGGAUCCUUUAAGGCAACGGCUGGAACCGUACACUUUCAUACGCCAACGAAUGCUGAUGCAGCAAACAUUCCAUCAAGCUGGCUUCAAGUGUCGGCAGCAUUGUCCAACACAUUGAAGCCAACAAUGAAGACAAGACAAAUGCCUGUUCCUUCUUCUUCUUCUUCGUCGUCGUCGUUGUCGUUGUCUUCUUCUUUAACGUCUGUGCUUCCACAUUUUAAACAUUGUCAUCAUUCAAAUUUCCACCUAAAAUUAUCCAACAACACUCUCAUCUCCUCCUCGCCACGUCUUGCCGGGCUUUUGUCAUUCUUCUCUUCGGCCUCAGCAUCAACAUCGUCGUCGUCAUCUUCGCCAUCCUGUUCACGGACCCCAAUAUUGUUGUUGUUCUUUCUAUUGCUAUUGUCAUCCAUGUGGCAUACAUCCGAUGCAUUUCACGGUAGCGUCAAAUUGAGCACGAAUACCAUCAAGACAAAGUACGGUCUGGUGCGUGGCAUUGUGGUGCGUUCAUCGCCAUUAGUUGAAGCUUAUCUGGGCAUACCGUAUGCAUCGCCACCUGUCGGAAGUUUAAGAUUUAUGCCACCAAUCACCCCAUCAACAUGGAAAACGGUACGCAAUGCUGAUCGUUUUUCUCCCGUUUGCCCACAAACCGUGCCAAUUCCCCCCAAUGGUCCUGAAGCUUUGCUAGAAGUGCCACGAGCCCGUUUGGCCCAGCUGCGUCGACUGCUGCCAUUGCUUAGCAAUCAAUCGGAAGACUGUCUUUAUCUGAAUAUAUAUGUGCCCUACGAAAACCGAAGACAUAGGCGUUUUGCCACAAACAGUGGAGAAUCGUCAGAGCAAUCCCUUAUUCCCACCAUAUUAUUCAUUCAUGGAGAAUCGUAUGAAUGGAAUUCCGGAAAUCCCUAUGACGGAUCUGAAUUGGCAACACAUGGCAAUGUUAUAGUAGUUACCAUAAAUUUCCGUUUGGGAAUCUUUGGCUUUCUCAAAACUGGCGGCAAGGAGAGUGCUCAAGGAAAUUUUGGUUUAAUGGACCUAGUGGCUGGCCUACAUUGGUUGAAAGAAAAUUUGCCAGCCUUUGGAGGAGAUCCACAAGCCAUAACAUUGUUGGGACAUGGAACCGGAGCUGCUUUGGCUAAUAUUUUGGCGGUGUCACCGGUGGCAAGCGAUUUGAUACAACAUGUUGGCCUGGUAAGCGGCUCAGCUUUGUCACCCUGGGCAAUACAGAAAAAUCCUUUAUUUGUUAAGCGACGUGUGGCCGAACAGACCGGCUGUCAUGGCGACAUGCUCUAUGAUGAUUUGGCACCCUGUUUGCGUACCAAGUCUGUGGCCGAACUUUUAGCUGUGAAAAUUGAUCAUCCAAGAUUUUUAGUUGGUUUCGCCCCUUUUGUUGAUGGCACUGUCAUAUCACCCAAUACCGAUGGUAUUGGUAAACUAUCACUGCCUAUAGGCUCAGCUAUAGUUAGUACAUCAGGAAUUGAAUAUGCAAAUUUUCCCAAACGCAAUCUUAUAUUUUGCCUGACCUCCGUGGAGUCACAUCUUGAUCUAAGUGCUCAAGACUUAGAAUUUGGUUUCAAUGAAACACGACGCGAUCGUAUAUUGCGUACUUAUGUCCGCAAUAAUUUCCAUUAUCACUUGAAUGAAAUAUUUGCGGUACUAAAGAAUGAAUACACUGACUGGGAAAAGGCCAUACGAAGCCCAUUAAGUUCACGAGAUGCAACCCUGCAAUUUCUAAGUGAUGGCCACACGGCCUCAUCUCUCAUCAAAUUGGGUUACAUGCACAGUCUUAGAGGAGGUAAAGGAUAUUUUUUGCACUUCAAACAUCGUACAGUGGAGGAGGAAUAUCCACAGCGCACUGGCUCUGUGAGGGGCGAAGAUGUACCGUUUUGGCUAGGCCUACCCAUAUCACCAUUGUUUCCUCAUAACUAUACAACUCAGGAGAGACAAAUAAGUCGUUUAAUGCUAAGAUAUUUAGCAAACUUCGCCAAAACAGGCAAUCCCAAUCAAUCAUCAUUUUCCCCGCCAUUGGCAUCGACUUCAAAGUUAAUGAAUACACCGUCAACAUCUGUGGCCUCAGCGGCACUGACAGCCGAAGUUCAUGUAAAGCACAAAAGAUCGUCAUUGCAAAAAACUCCGUCAAAUUCUGUAAAUACAUCAACGCCAUUGACUUUGUCGUCGUCGUCGUCAUCAGCAUCAUCAUCAUCAUCAUCAUCCAAUGCAAACAACAGUAGUGGAAAUACUACAACCAGUUCCAUGGAAGAUGUCGCUGCUGCCGCUGCAAGAGAGGCACUUAAUCUGGCUGUGCUCUACAAUCAGCGAAGAACUAAGCGCACAUACUUCAAACGUCAUUCCCGUAGCAACUCGGAUGAUCAGCAUAAUGGCAACGAUUCUGGUAGCAGUGAGAUUGCCAAUUUCCUCAGUACAGCUGGUAAUUUGGAUGGGGAUGAGAUGCAUUUUUGGGAUGCCUACGAUGUUGUAAAUCAACUGUAUAUGGAAUUGGGUACCAAAGCCGAAAUUCAAAGUCACUAUCGAGGUCAUAAACUAUCCAUGUGGUUAAAUCUAAUACCUCAGCUUCAUCGGCAUGCAAAUAUGAACGAUCAAUCGAUGAGGCAUCACCAGUUCCAGGAUGACCUCAACAAUAUGAAUCUCUAUGAGGGAAUUGUACGGCCACAAAUACAAACUAAACCAGCCGAUGACGAUGAAACCCUACUGCUGCCGCGUGGAAGGCCGACACCGACACCGGCACCCUCACCUACAUCCACUUUGGAGGCUAAUACCACGCAAAAACCGAUUGGGGCUACAACGGAAUGUGGUGUAGAUGGCGCCAUGUUUGUAGCCGAAAUGACCGCCGUUCCGCCCACGGACAAUCGUUCAUUCGUUGAGAGUCUGGAAAAGGAAAUGGCUACAGCCUCAACAGGACUCAUAGGUAAUCUAGAAGUCUUAAGACGUUUAAGUGGAAAGCAAUUUCAAAGUUAUACUACUGCUUUGGUAGCAACAGUUGCCGUUGGCUGUUUUCUGCUCAUACUCAAUGUGCUCAUCUUUGCCGGUAUCUAUCACCAACGCGAAAAGCGGGCACGCGAUGCAAAGACCAAAGAAGAACUGCAGGACCACGAUAAUAGUAAAAAUUCCAGUAUCUUGAAAUUGAAUGCAUUAGGCAGCGAAACAGGUUCCUAUACGGGAAGCGGCGCAGGUGUCAGUGGCAAAACCACUGUGGUAUUUGGUGAAUACAGUUGUUAUGAUGAAAAAUCGGUUCAGACGAAAGAUGAGAAAUUAAUGGUUGAUCUGCCAACCUCACAAAUGAUGGACUCAAACUGGGCGGCUGCCUGUUCGACAAGUACUUUAGAUUUAUUAAAAACCAAACAUCAUCUGCCGUUAGAACCCAAUUAUCCGAUUACUUCCAAUAUUGUGCCGAUCACAACGGACCAACCCAAUGAACAUUUAAUGGCUGUCAGUGCCAUGGAAAUGGCCACCUACAAUCCACUGCCACCCAUGGUGAGUGGAACAGCUGGACUCAUAUUGGAUCCGUCAAUAGCUACCUCAACGGGUUUACAAAGUAGACGCGGCUCCUUUGUAGGAUCCACGGGACAAUUAAAUCAAUAUGAUUUUGCCUCGGUCCAAUCAUCAGAUCAAAUGUCCUUUAAGGAUAUCGAAAAUGCGGUUAAAGUAUCAAUGCAGCGAGAUGAUGACAUAACACAGGAUGAUGAUAUUCCCGAACCACCACCGCCGCCGAAAUCAUUUCAAAAUAUGCAGUUACAUCAGCACCACCAGCAGCAACAACAACAACAAGUAUCAACAGCCCAGCAACAAACACAAACAACUUCGACCGCAACAAGUGGCAGUGGCGGAGGUAUAUUGCGUCAAUCGGGUACCACAUCUGGCACCCAGACUGGUGGCGGCAAGAAACGUGUACAUAUUCAAGAAAUUUCCGUUUAAGUGUAAGCCGAUUAUUAAAUGCAAUUGUUUUAAUUUCAUUCAGAAUGGGUAUGGAAUUUUUUGCGUUGGGCUGUUGCCUACUCAGCACGCUAUGUGAUAAGCAGCCGAUAUUUCUAUGCUCUCUAAGAUAAGAUGGAGGAUAUGUUGAUUUUGCUGAGUUUGAUGGGUAUAUGACACUACCAAAUAAAAUUUGAUCCAUGCUCGACAAUUCAAGACACAUGGAGCGCUUAUUAUUUCAAAGGCUAAUGUAAUUGUUAGUCCCUUAACAUAUAUAUGUUAGUGCUCAACGCGAGCCGGACGAGAUGAGGAAUAUCACAAGGUUUCUGGAAACGAAUUCGGUAAUCUCUGUUUUACGUCCAACCUUAAGUUUUACAUUCCCGUUGCUUCAGUGCAGGACUGAAAUAAUGAGGCACCUGGCAGUUUCCGGUUUUGUUUUCUAUAUUUGGGUGUUCGCUUAAAGCUGUAAUGUUGUCAUACUUUGUUGUCUUUUACCAUCCAGUCAGCGUUUGUGUUAGAUGAUUACUGAAUAUGUCAUGAAGUCUGUCAGAAAAACAUUCGGAUCUGGCUAACUUGGGAUCCAUUUGAACUCUUCGAGACAUAUGACAGUUUUUUUUCUUUAUACUACAUAUUUCACAACAACAAUACCAGGUUCACUGAUUUGUUUAUUACUGUUUUUUUUUAGAUAUUUUAAAUUGCAUUUCAUAUCAUCAUAUUCAAAGAAUUUGACAUUUAUAAGUGUACCCAUAUUGUCCAUUUCAAUUCUUCAGUACCAAAACAAGUUGCUUGUUAAAGCCUUGAACCUUGAAGACAUAAACAUUUUAUAACUUGAAAAAAUAGGUGACGAAGAUCAAAUUUAAAUAAAAUCAAAAAUACAUACAUAUGUACAUAUAUAUACUUAGUAAAUAUAAGAAAAUAACUGUUUAUGUUGAUAAGAAAAAAAAAAAUAUAUAUAUAUUGUAAUUAUUUUUCUCCAUUGUUUUCCUAUAAAUAAAAUAACUAACAACAUUCUCCAAAGUAUACACGUAGCAUAGUGUUUAAACUAAAGCCUUCUUUUCAAAAUAUUAUUUUACGUUACUGAAAAUCUAAUGGAAACACAAAUGUUAUUUCAAACACUCAUACACAUACACACAUCUUCAUUAAAAUAUAUAAAUUUAUAGAUAUUGACUUGAUAUAAGAAGUUAAAAAAAAAAUACUCUAUGGUUCAAUGUUGUACCUUUUGUUAAACUAAAUAAUCUUAAGUAAGCUAACAAUAAUGAAAUCUAUAGGAAAUAAAUAACUGUUAUUUUUUUUUUUAAUUUCAAUUUACAAAUUCGUAAUGAUAAUACUUACUGUACAUUUUAUGUAUUUAUGUAGACCUGUAACGAUUGAUAUCAAAUAAUUGAUAGAUAUCAUAUGUAUUAAAAAUAUUAUAUAAAAUGUGUUUAUUUUUAUUUAACAUUUACAGAUUUUUAUUGAAAUCAUAUAAUUCACUAAUGAUUACAUCUCCGUUAUUUCGAACAUUAAAAAAAAAGGAAAAAAUGCUAAGAUUCAUUCUGUUCCAAGAUUGCCAAGCCAAUCGCAGCGAACUUUUUUCUGGGGUAGUUUAUCAAUGUACGAUGUUAGGCCUAAAGACUAGCAGGGAAAUUAGAGACAAGACAUACACUACCUACACCACUACAAAGGACCUUCGCAAGCAUAAAGCCUACAUAUUUGUGUUGUAAUUAUUAUGUCAAUUCUAAGGCUUGGGCCAUAUUAACUCUUCUUAGAUGGUGGUUAAAACCUCUCGACAUUGUUAGAAGAUCAUGUUUUAUACCCUCCACCACUCUAUGGAGGGUAUUUUAAAAUUCAAAAUAAAAGAUUUGCUGUAUACUGAUAUUUUUAAAUUGUAUAUUAAAAUAUAUCAGUUUUCAGAUAUACAUUGAAUUUGCAACAGUUUUUGUGUACAUUGGGGCUUUAUUAAAGGUUGGACACACUUUCUUGCGAUAAACUUAAAACACCUUACAAAGCUCAUUUUCUUCAAUUUUUUUCAUUCCCAUUUAAACAAUUUGUUGAAGGAUAUUCUGAUUCAUUCCGUUUGAUACAUCCCAAAAUAUUCGUCGUAGACCCCAUAAAGUAUAUAUUCAUAAUCAGCAUAAAAUUCUAAGUCGAUUUAUGUCCUUCUGUCUGUCUAUCCGUCUGUCUGUUGAAAUCACGAUACAGCCCACAUUAUUUGACGUAGAGCUUAAAAAUUUGGCAAUACUUAUAUAAGUCAUACAUGCGAAACAAGUCGGCGAUUCUAUACAACUUGCUAAUCGGAAUUUAUGAUUUCGUAUAAAAUAUGAUAUAAAUGUUCGAUUUCAUUUAAAUUUUGCAAGUACCAAUAUUUUUAUCUGUAUUAUAUCUGGUGCCUCAUAUAAAGCAUAGGAAGUAGACGAUAUAGUCCAAAUAUGUCACGUUGUAAUAUUUAUAUCUGACUUAGGUCAAAUACGAAGUGGAUAAUAUUGGCCAACUGCUUUGGGAUCUCCCCAAAAAGGGUCAAUAAAUAAGCAAAACGAAUUAAUUUCUCAGAGCACGUGUUCUUCUGAUGCGUGUGAGCACCAACACAAACCAAAACUCCGAAAUGCUCGAGUGAGUUUGACUCUCUACACGAAUUCGAGCGAGAUUACUCUUGCGAGUAAAAAAAUAAAUAGAGUAUACCCCACUAUUUAUACAACUCGAAUAAAAGCAAGUACUAUUCUCUCGUUCUCGAGUGGGAGUACAAUUCGAAAUAGAACACACACUAGUCUUGGCGAGUACUCUUACAAUUUCUACUAUCGUUGUUAUAUCACUGAGUUGGGUUGCACAGACCGAUUAGAUGAACUAUAGUGCAAUUGUGUAGUUAGUAAACUACAGGGUCAUCUUAUUAUAUUGCACGCUACACUGCCAGAUAGCAUUUAUUUUGUGAAUGAAACAAAAUGUGCACAAAUAAUUUGUUUGGUCCAACAACGAUCUUUAUUGAAAUUGGUGUUUCAAUUAUAUAUAGCUCACAUAUGUCCUCAUUAACCACAAACUACCUCUAAACUUCAUAUAAAAUAUCAAACAUGUAAAGUUCGGGCGCGUCAAUCUUUGAAUAACUUCCACAAUGUGGAAGGAAUUUGGAAAUUUUCAAAAAAUAAAAAAAAAAAACAGUAAAGGUCCAAAGUCGGACGUGGCUACUUUAUCAUACACUACAUAACAAAUAUGCGUAUUUACGGGGAAUUGAUGAUAGUUUUUGAAUGCGUAUCAUGUCUUUAAAUCAGAUACGAUUUAAAGCCGAAAGGAACUAUUUCUUUCUAAUUUCUACUUAAUUUGACAGACUUCAUCAAAACCCAUCUUAGUUGAGCUGAUAUUACACUUUUUAGGCACAACAAACGUGAAAUCGUAUAAAGAUAUAUAUGGGUGUAAGGAAUUCAAAUUUAAAAUCGGAUGAAACAUAUAUAUGGGAUCUGAACCGAUUUUCACCAAAUUCGAUACACUUUCUCCCAAAAUUAAUUCAUUCGUAUGUGCCAAAAUCCAUUCAAUUUGGGAUUAUCCGUGAUUCCGUGAUUCAAAAUCGUUCGUUUUGGUUUUAACUUCUUCAUUCAGUGUAAAUAUGGCAGCAUUAUAUAUGCAAUAUGGUAACAUUAAGGGGAGAACGAACGAAUGAAUGAGGAAUCAAAACAAAACACAAAACAAAGUGUAAAUUGUGAAAAAUAUUUUAAAAGAAUUUUUUUUUGUGCAAAAAGAAAUAUUGCAAUUGAUUUCUUAAAUUCACUGAGCACAUAUUUGUUGAAUGUCGAAUUCCCUGCCCCUAAAAUAUUAAAUAAUGAUUAAUUGAUUAAGCCGCAUUCAAUUAUACAUAUUCCACGUAUUUUAAAAUACUUAUAUUUUUGUACAAAAUUAUUUUUUUCUCUUUGCCUCAGUUUAUUAUUCGUAAUACCACACUGUUUGGUUUUCAUAUAUGAAUUAUUUUUGUUUGAAGAAAAAAAUGGUUUUCAAGAAAAAAAAUGAUAUGGCAACACUUUGUUAAAAAUUGGAUACGCCAAUUGAAACAUUAUUAAAAAUGCUAUUUUUUUUAAAUAAAAAGAUCAAAAAAUGUAAAUUUAAUUGUGUAUUUCUCAUUAAGAAAACAUUUGUAUUCCUUAAAAAGUACUAUUUCACUUGCAAAAACUAAAACGGUUUCAAACCGAAAAAAAUUUGCAUUUUACGUUUUCUGAAGAAGACAAAUGAGAAAUUAAAAUCACUUUCCUGCGACAUGCCUGUCUUUUAACCAUUUGGUGCACAAUAAACAUGAAAUCUAGUAAAGAUAUGUAUGGGAGCUAUAUCCAAAUCUAAACAGAUCUCGAUAACAUGUGGCAAAUGCAUUUCUGAGAUGUAUUUUAUAUAUUUCCCCGAAUAUCGUUGUCACGCAUGGGCAUAUUACGGCUGUGGUGGACAAAAUGAUUAACAAUAUAAGUAUAUGGGAGCUAUAGCUAUACCUGAAGUGAUUUACACCAAAUGUGACAUACUCGAUUUGGUCGUAUGUGCAAAAUUUCAUCCGAUUUGAACUAAUACUACACAUUUAGCGCACAAUAAAAGAUAAAUCGGACGAAGAUUUAAGGGGGUUCAUGCUUGGGUCAAACAAAUGGUUUGUAUAAAAUAUCAUUUCGAUCGGGCAAUAAAUGCGACCUGUACUUAGUUCACAAAAAUACAUGGACAGACGGACGACAUGCAUAAAUCGACUCAGAAUGUGACUCUAUGCAGAUCAUCAAAACACACUAUGGGUCUAUUUCACUUCCUUCUCUAUGUUACAAAAAAAAUCACAAAGACGUAAUAACCUGACCACAGUGUGGUGUAGGCUAUAAAACACGUUGUAAAAUACAGUUAAAAUCAUAACAAUAUCAUAUUUAGAGAGGUACAGUUAAGUGGAGGCUAUAUGAAGAUCAGGACCUGCGUAGCCAAUUUUCCUUCAAAGACUGUAGUAUCCAUUACGAACUGCUAAUACGAAAUUUGAAACAAUUCCAUCAAACAACCGAAUAUAGAGAAGUGCGGUUAUAAGGCGGCCGACGGACAUCGUCAAAUCGCCAUAGAAUUUUAUCCUGAUCAAGAAUCUAUAUACUUUGUGGGGUCUAAAACACAUACUUCGAGGUGUUACAAACCGAAUGACAAACUUAAUUACCCUCCAUACUAUGAUGGAGGGCAUACAAAUAUUAAACAUACAACUAUUAAGGAAAACAUGAUUAGCUAAAGUAAAUGAAACCAUCAUCAAAUAACAUUGUAUAAAAACAUCAUCCAAUUAUUUUCGUUUCGUUUGAGAAUAUAUAAUUUCCUUCGAAUGCAAAACAUAAUUAUUUAUAAUAUUUGAUUUAAUAUAUUCAUAUGUAAUAAUCAUAAUAAAUCAUGUGUGUAUUAUUAUGUGGAAAUAGAAGCGAAUGUCAAAAUAAAAUCCAAUGAAUAUAGAAUAUGUAAAUGAUUACAAUACCAUUAAAUUGUAUCAAAUUCCUCUAAGUGUGAAUUUUAUUUAAUUUAUACACAAUAUCCAUACACAAUAACUACGGCAUAACAUCUAGUGAAGGAAAGAAACCAUAAAAAACAACAACUGUAAUACAUUAUUUGGAAUUACAAAAAUAAAACCAA